AUGGCGCUAGUGGAACAUGAUAUGUCAGGAAACCUCGCAUUCCCUAGCCUCGCAGUGGCGAAGAUGAUGCGACGUUGGAACUAUCGAGAAGGCUCAGGUCUCGGUGCACAUGGGCAAGGGAUCAUCGCGCCUAUACAAUUCACCGUGCGGUGUCCAAAAGCUGGCAUCGGUCAUUGUGAGAAACCAUAUGACAACGGCCUAUACGUUCCGCCGUUGCCACAUGUGGAAGAGGAGUGGCAAAAGUGGAAGGGUCUUUCACGAGCCUUGCGGCUUGAAGUAGAGUGCUACGAAAAGAUCCUCUCACUGCUACGUGACAUGACGCUUCAAGGGGACGAUAGUGUGGAGACGGCGGAUGCAUUGGCGGCGAUCGUCAAUUCCAAGAAGGUGAUCCAGGAGAACCGCACGCUAGGGAUGUGGAAGGCCACACUGCCAUCCUCCACCUUGCGGUACAUCAUCGAGAAGGUGAUCAUGCCGAGGAUGGCUAUGGAUGCGCGAGAGUGGAUGCCAUCGUGGGAUCCGGACUGUCACCACUGGCUUCACCCGUUCAUUCCUCUCAUCGGCCACUUACCAGAGAGUCUCUAUAACAUUGUCGAAAGCAAGAUAAGCAAUGGUGGCUACGACAUCGUCUCGCCAUGGAAGGAAUACCUUGACCCAACGCAAUGGGAUACCUUCAGCCGACAUCACAUCUUGCCGAAGCUCGCACAGUUCACACGGAACCUGAGGAUCACGCCGCCGAAGCAAAUCGACUCCUCGUUCUGCAAGUUGAUGCUAUGGGCACCUCUCGUGCAUGUUGAAGACAUGGUAUUAAUACUAGAAGCCGAGCUAUUCUUCGAUAAAUGGGAAGUUGCACUGCGACAUUGGUUGCAGGCCGCGAAACCCUCGUUUGGGGAGGCCACCGCAUGGUGCACCGGCUGGAAAAAGCUCUUCACGCCAGAGCUACUUGCCAACGAACGCGUGCUCGCACACCUCGAAGCUGGCGUUGAUAUUGUUGACAGUCUUGUAGAUUAUAGUUGGUAG